UGUGUGGGGAUGUUCCAUGAGUGUGUCCAAUCAGAGCAAUUGUGUACGCCAAGGGAUCGGUCCUGCUUCUCAUCUACCAUCAAACUUUUCUAUACAAACAACUAUUCAGGAGUAUUUUUGCUUCCAGAUUUAGAAAUCGCCGAGUAUGUGAUGAAAGGCUGCUCAGGGGAAGGCGUAUCUAAUCGCACCGCUAACAUCUAUUCUGAGGACGACCAUGAAGUACACAACACGUAUUACUGUGACUCUAAUCUCUGCAACAUCCGGUUCACAGGUGCUCCAGCCAGCACUACUCAGGAGGCUAAUGGCAUGGAGUGCUACAGCUGUUUUGAUCGUGGCACGGGGGACUGUGCUCAAGGGAAUGCUACUCGGGUCAAGUGCCUGGGAGAUAUGAAUCAGUGCAUGGAUUUUACUGGUAAACUGAGAUGUUUCUUGAAUACGUUCGGGAAUGAUAUUAAAGGAGUUGAAGAACUGCUGAGUGCAGAUACAUGA